AUGAGCGAAGAGAAAAUCACUGUUGAUCAGCACAUCAACACGUUAGUCGCGAAUGCCCAAGUUGCGUUAAAGGAGUAUCUGCAACCAGAGUACACUCAAGAAAAGAUCGAUUAUAUAGUCAAGAAGGCAUCUGUUGCAGCACUUGAUAAACACUGUUACUUGGCACAAUUGGCUGUUGAAGAAACAGGAAGAGGUGUGUUGGAAGACAAAGCAACAAAGAACAUCUUUGCUUGCGAACACGUCACACACGAGAUGAGACACGCCAGAACUGUUGGUAUAAUCAACACUGACCCACUUUAUGGUAUUACUGAAGUCGCUGAACCAGUCGGUGUGAUUUGUGGAGUCACUCCAGUCACCAACCCAACAUCAACCGCCAUCUUUAAGUCCCUCAUUUCUAUUAAGACUAGAAACCCAAUUGUUUUCUCAUUCCAUCCAUCUGCUUUAAAAUGCUCAAUUGCAGCAGCUACUAUUGUCAGAGAUGCUGCCAUUGAGGCGGGAGCACCAAAGAACUGCAUUCAAUGGAUUGAGUUUGGUGGUAUUGAAGCAUCCAACAAAUUGAUGAAUCAUACUGGUGUUGCUACUAUUUUGGCGACUGGUGGAGGAGCCAUGGUCAAGGCAGCUUACUCGUCUGGAAAGCCAGCACUUGGAGUUGGACCCGGAAAUGUCCCAUCAUAUAUUGAGAAAUCAUGCUUUUUGAAGCAAGCAAUUAAUGAUGUUGUUAUGUCAAAGUCGUUUGAUAAUGGUAUGGUCUGUGCUUCAGAACAAGCUGCUAUCAUCGACAAAGAAAUUUAUGGCGAUGCGAUCGCUGAAUUCAAGAGACUUGGGUGCUAUUUUGUGAACGACGAAGAGAAGGCAAAACUCGAGAAGUUCAUGUUUGGUGUUUGCGCAUAUUCUGAUGACUCUGCAAAUGCUAGACUCAACCCAAAGUGCCCAGGUAUGUCACCAAAGUGGUUUGCUGAGAACGCUGGAUUUGUCAUUCCCGAAGACACAAAUAUCAUCUGUGCUGAGUGCAAAGAAGUUGGUGUGAAAGAGCCCCUCACAAAGGAGAAGUUGUCACCUGUUCUUGCAAUUUUGAAGGCAGAAAACACUGCUGAUGGAAUUGAUAAGGCCGAGGCUAUGCUUGAAGCAAUUUGCGUUGAGAAUGAAGGCGUGCAGAAUUCUCCACAACGUCCAUCAACUCAAGGAGCUCUCGGAGCCAUAUACAAUUACUUGCAACCAUCUCUUACUUUGGGAUGUGGUUCAUACGGAGGAAACUCAGUCAGUGCAAACGUCACGUACUGCAAUUUGUUGAACGUCAAGAGACUUGCUGAGAGAAGAAACAAUCUCCAGUGGUUCAGAGUCCCACCAAAGAUCUUCUUCGAGCCACACGCGAUCAGAUACUUGAAGGAACUCAAGGAGCUCUCAAAGAUUUUCGUCGUCUCUGAUAGAAUGAUGUACAAGCUUGGCUAUGUCGACAGAGUGAUGGACGUCUUGAAGAGAAGACAAAACAAUGUUGAAAUUGAAAUUUUCAUCGAUGUCGAACCAGAUCCCUCUAUUCAAACAGUCAGAAAGGGACUUGCUGUAAUGAACACAUUUAACCCAGACAACAUCAUUGCCAUUGGUGGUGGAAGUGCGAUGGAUGCGGCUAAGAUCAUGUGGCUGUUGUACGAACACCCAGAAGCUGAUUUCUUCAGCAUGAAACAGAAGUUCUUGGACUUGAGAAAGAGAGCAUUCAAAUUCCCAACAAUGGGCAAGAAGGCAAGACUUAUUUGCAUCCCAACUACAUCAGGAACCGGCUCUGAAGUCACUCCAUUUGCUGUCAUCUCAGACACUGACACUGGUAAGAAGUACCCACUUGCUGAUUACUCGUUGACUCCAUCGGUUGCUAUCAUCGACCCAAUGUUCACAGUCUCAUUGCCAAAGAGAGCUAUUGCCGAUACGGGACUUGAUGUCUUGGUCCAUUCUGUUGAAGCUUAUGUCUCAGUUAUGGCAAAUGAAUACACAGACGGUCUUGCCAAAGAAGCAGUGAAAUUGGUCUUCGACAACUUGGUCAAGUCAUACAAUGGUGAUUUAAUCGCUAGAGAAAAGAUGCACAACGCAGCUACCAUUGCUGGUAUGGCAUUUGCUUCCGCAUUCCUUGGUAUUGCCCACUCUUUGGCUCACAAAGUUGGAGCUGCCUUCCAUAUUCCACAUGGAAGAUGUGUUGCAGUCUUAUUACCACACGUUAUCAGAUACAAUGGUGUUGUCCCAAGAAAGUUGGCGAUGUGGCCAAAGUACAACGUGUAUGUGGCUGACGAGAGAUACAACAACCUUGCUCAUUUGGUUGGAAUCACUACUGAAAACAACGAAAACGGUGUUGAGUUGUUUGCCAAGGCUUGUGAGAAGUUGAUGCUCGACACUGAGACAAUUACUGGAUUCAAGCAGGCUGGUAUUAAAGAGGAGGACUGGAUGUCACAUGUUCCCGAGAUGGCUCUUCUUGCUUUCGAGGAUCAGUGCUCGCCAUGCAACCCGAAGAUUCCAAUGGUGAAGGACAUGGAAAAGAUACUCAAAGAGUCCUUUUUCCCAAUUGCUUGA